AUGGAUAUCAAUGAGGGAGAUACCCUGGUGUUGGAGAUAACGGCCACGGGAAAACCACACCCACGUUUUCAGUGGUUCUUUUGUCCAGAUGGGCAAAAGGAGUUUAAUAAAUUGAAGGGAUGUACCGAUAAAACGCUCAAAAUAAUCAAUCGCACUUCUGCUAAUGCUGGUAGUUAUUCAUGCCAGAUCCACAACUGUUCCGAUCCCCAGGAGACAAAGAUUACUGAAAUAUCCCACGUGUCUAUCACGCCAAAACAAAACUCCGUCUCUGAUCGGCUUAACCCGCCAGUUACUGAGAAACUUGCAAAAAUGCCUCUUAUUCUAACACCAACGACUAUUCGUCACACUGGGCAAGAUCAUGAAAUAACGAUAAUUUCUCAUCCAACAUCAAAGGAGCUUGAGUUGGGUGACCGUGCCUUGUUUAUGGUGGAGGCUCAAUGUGGUUUGCCCCUCCGAUACCAGUGGAUCAAGGACGGGAAAGAAAUUAAAGGUGCAAAUGGCUUUAAGUACAAGAUCGACAACAUACAAGACGCGAGUUACAAAGGCGUUUACCAGUGUGAGGUCAAGGCCAUGAACAUGACGGUAGACGGGCGGGAUAUUCAGAGCAGUCGCGUGUUAACAAACCCAGCCUUGUUGGAUCUUCAUAUACACUCUGCCAAUCUAUAUAAACCACAUGACAAAGUGGCUCUACUGAUCGGAAACUCUGAUUACCUUUCCGAAAAUUCUUUAAAAGCCCCUCCGAACGACAUUCGGGAAAUGGCUGACAGCCUCGUUUCAAUUAACUUCAAAGUCGUUAUGUUACUGAACUUAACCAAGCCAGAGUUUGAAAAUGCUGUCAUAGAGUUUUGUAAAUUGAUCGACAAAAACGUGUAUGUAGUCUUCUAUUUUUGUGGACAUGGUUUCGAGGAAAGAGGAGUUUCUUAUUUAAUACCAACCGAUGCGCCGUCAAUGUCAUCGCCAGGGGAGUGUGUGAAUACAAGUCUUAUCUUGCACAACUUCCAGAAAAAGAACCCGGCUCUGGUGUUUCUGGUACUUGAUACUUGCAGAAUAUCGUAA